AUGAAGCCCCCGUCCAUCGAUCAAGAAGCUGAUGUAAAGGUCAUUGCGGAUUGGGCAGCCGCUUCCAACUCAGAUCUGUUCACCUGUUCGGAUUCACAACUCGAAGACGCACUUCUGGCAAAGCGUGAGGCUGCCUUAUCCAUCAAGAACCAAACCGGUCGCACGGAAAAACUCAUACGCACCUGGAUGGAUGACGAAGACGGAGACGGAGACGAUGUCGGUUUUGAAAGCAUCUCCCAUAUUCUUGCCGCCCAGAUGAACCAACAUCAUACCAGCUGGAAGGACCUUCAACUCACUCCCGAGAUGGCCGCAGUGAAGGAUAGCUUGUUCCCUGAACACCCCUCUACGCCAUCUACAGGCCCGCAAGAACUUCUUCCAUUAAGUUCAAGUCAAAGUACGACCCUUUCCACGGAACAACAUGUCAGAAUCGAGGAUGUAUCAAAUAAACAGACUGAUUCUCCGAUUGAAAGCGUUUCGCUUGACCCUACCUCAGCCAACAAGGAGGCGGUGGACAAUCAGAUUGCCAAGCACGCUGAGGUUUUCCCGAAUGGCUUUUUCACUCUCACCAAUCAUACUUCCACCAGGUUCCACUGGGCCAGUAAGCGCGUCGAAACCGGAGUCAAAGAUGUGACUCGUGAUAUAGAGACACUACUCAGCAGUAUCAAGUCCAACGCCGAAAUGAUUCUUGAGAAUGAAAAAACCAAACUUCACACUUCCACCUCCAACCUGAUGGCCACGAACAAGGUCCUUGAUAUUUGUUCCGACACUCAAAAGUCUCAUCGUGCUGAGGAAGCUACGGCAAACGCGUUUACUACUCGGAUUGAAACGUUGAUCAAUGCCAGUAACGAGGCGUGCCGGAAAACGAAGGAUUCCGGCCAAGUUUUUGAAAAGGCAUAUAAAAUACUUGGUGCGCAGCUCCCGGUACUCCGGGCGGCUUUCGGGCGGAAGCGACUACUUCCCGACUCGGCGCCUCUCAUUAAAACCGGCAGGGCAAAUUCGGACAAUGAAGUCAAAAAGAUGGUUACUGAAGUCAAGACGAUUGCGAAGCGAAUUAAAGAGGUGGAGAAGCUAAGGUCUGAAGCCGAAGCAGAGCUGAACCGCAUAUUGCUCGUCAACACUUUCGCUCAGAUGAAUGGGCAAGGUGUGAAGGCAUUGGAGGAGAAGCACCCAGGCCUCCUGAAGGACUUGAGAGAUUUGACUAAGAUGUUCAGGGAGCAUACCUCCACGUCUUGA